GCGGAAGUGGCUGUGCGUCAGGUCUGUGCAGCUUUUGGAGAGCGGCGCUGGAUCAUGGCUCCCCCCGCGCUAAAGUCCAGGUCUUGUCUCUGACCUCUGAGCUCUUACCUGCUGGUUGCCCCAGGAGGGGCCGGGCCCUAGUUGCCCCUGUCGCAAUGGAAACGGCCCCUGUACUGUCGACCCCAGGUCUGGGUCUGGUCCUGGUUGAGUUUGAGUACCAGUACCGCGGCCGGGACGGGGAUUUGAUCCAGAUCAGGCCCAACGAGCGCUAUGAGCUCCUGACUAAGACCAACGCUCACUGGUGGCAAGUCCGGACUAAACCCGGAUCUAAACCGUUCUACAUCCCGGCCAAGUACGUGCGUGAGCUGCCCCAUGUGCCUGACCUUAGCCCCGCCCUCUGCCUCCCUAUUGGUCAAGAGAGCACAAGCCCCGCCCCCAUGCACACAAGCACCGCUCCUGUGCCCGUCCCAGUCCCGGUCCUGCCCAAGACCCCGGACGAGCCCCGCAAGCCCUCGGACCAGGUCACGAUCCGGUUGCGGUCAGACGGGGCGUACCGGCGAACAGAGAACCGAAUGUCGACCUUUGGCUUUCCUCUGGAUAGUGACGUUUCCACAGCGAUGCCCAGAACGACCAACGGGACUACAAACAUGGCCGACAGCCUCCGAGUGCCUACCUCAGGGGAUUCUGGGAAUAGUCAUGCCCACUUCACUCGUCACCAACCAAUCCCGGUGGAGAUGCCCAGACCCCCACCCACUCACGCCGUUACCCAGGAAACAGCCACCCAAUCAGGACGGCUGGAAGCACAGGAAGGGCAUCUGAGUCAAACUGGAGCAGGAGACGAAGAAUCAGAGGAGUUGCCUGAGGAGCCGAGCGAGAGCGAGGAGGAGAGGGAGGAGGAGCAGCCAUUGAAGGAGAAGGAGGUGAGGGAGGAGAGAGAGGCCGAGCACCCAAAGGAGCACCCAAAGGAGCACCCAGAGGAGCAGCCAGAGGAGAACACAGUGGAGAACCAAGAGGAGCGCCCAUCACACAGGGAGCAGAGGGGGGAGGGGGAGGAGAGGGAGGGGAGCUCCUCACACAUCUACGAGUCCAUCCAAGACCUCAACAUCGACCUGGACGCUUUGAUUGGUCGAGACACAAUGCCCAAACAGGAAGUGGAGUCUGAGGCCCCGUCCCCUGCACAGGAGUCCAAACCCGACAGCCCCAUCUACGCCAACGUCUACAAAAACACCAUCCCACCCCCGCCCUCUGACCCCGCCCCUCCGGCCCCAGGCCCUGCCCCCUCCCUCUCAGGGUCCUCCUGUUCCGGACUAAGCCCCGCCUCCCCCCUCAGCCCAUUGGAUGAAUGGCAGGCUCACACAGACACGGAUUCGGGGAAACUCUUUUACUUUAAUGCUCUGACCAGACGUACCACCUGGACCCCACCCUCUGAGCCCAGCCCCACCCACUCACAGUGGGAGCGCCUGGUGGACGAGGUCUCAGGGAGGUUUUACUUUUUCAACCCGACGACAGGAGCCACGUCCUGGGAUUUACCCGAGUCCCACACCCCCCUGAGCUCCAGGACUCCCAACACACACCCACCGCUACCAGAAGAGGACUACCCUCACAACCAGGCUCCAGACGACAGCGUCUUCACCACAAACCUUCAGCUGCAGAUCCCCAGAGCUCAGCUGGACCCUAAAGUGGAUCUCAGACAGUCAGAGAGGACGUUAGGAAAUGGAGUCCCUGACUCGGCGACGUCGCACACCUGGAGACACAGUGUGGCUGAAGACAGAUUCUCCUCGCUCCGGAGGCACGCCUCUGAUGUGACUGAGCGCUCCAAAGGUCACAUCCCCGACGCCACACAGCCCCCUGAUAGGUUGAAGCUGAGGAGGAACCUGUCCAAUCGCAGCACAGACUCACACCAGCAGCACGGCCACAUGCUGGAGAAGGCCGGAAUCAUCAACAAAACCAAAGUCUGCGAAAACGGAAAAAAGCUCAGGAAAAACUGGUCUCAGUCGUGGACCGUUCUUCAUGGAGGAAUCUUGACGUUCCACAGAGACCCCAAAUCUGCCCCUGCCGGCACCAACAGUAAAGCAUCUCAGAUUGUACCGGAGUUCACGGUGGAUCUGAGAGGAGCCUCUGUGUCCUGGGCCCACAACAAGUCCUCCAAGAAGAACGUCCUGGAGCUGAAGACUCGUCAGGGCUGUGAGUUCCUGAUUCAGUACGACACUGAGAGCAUCGUCAGCGACUGGUACAAGGUCAUCAGUGAAGCUAUACAGCAACUGUCUGUGUGUGUCCCGGACUGGGAUGGACCAUCUGAGGACUCCGAUGAUUCGGACCAAGAGAGGACCAAGAGGAACUCGUCUCGUUCAGAUCCAGAGCAGAGACGAGUUCGACACAAACUCCGACGAUUCCUCCAGAGACGCCCCACACUGCAGAGCGUCAAAGAGAAGGGAUAUAUACGAGACGCAGUAUUCGGGUGUCACCUAGACACUCUCUGUCACCGUGAGAACUCCACUGUCCCACGCUUUGUCCAAAAGUGCGUCCGCUUCGUCGAGCGCCGCGGCCUCGACACCGAUGGAAUCUACCGUGUGUCCGGCAACCUGGCGGUCAUCCAGAAACUGAGACAUAAGGCUGACCACGAGGAGCAGUUGGACUUGGAGGACGGGGACAUCACAGAGGUCCACGUCGUGACCGGAGCGCUGAAGCUGUUUUUCCGAGAGUUACCGGAGCCUCUGUUUCCCUUCAGCUCCUACGACAAAUUCAUCGCCGCCAUCCAGUUACCGCAGUACUCUCAGAGAGUCUCCUACAUUAAAGACUUGGUUCAGAUUCUUCCUCUGCCAAACCACAGCACCAUGGAGCUGCUCUUCAGACACCUGCACAGGGUGGUGGAGCACGGUGAGCAGAACCGAAUGUCGUGUCAGAGUUUGGCAAUCGUCUUCGGGCCGACUUUGCUCCGCCCACAGGUGGAGUCUAACCUCACGGUGCACAUGGUGUUUCAGAGCCAGAUCAUAGAACUACUGCUGAGGGAGGGGCCGGACAUAUUCACCCCACCACAAUAAGACUACAGCUUAACCCCGCCAUAAUAAGACUACAACACUCCGCCACAAUAAGACUACAUAGUCACUCCGCCACAAUAAGACUACACAGUCACCCUGCCACAAUAAGACUACACCAUCACCCUGCCACAAUAAGACAAAACUAUCACCCUGUUACAAUAAGACUACAGCUUAAUUCCGCCACAAUAAGACUACACCAUCACUCUGCCACAAUAAGACAAAACUAUCACCCUGUUACAAUAAGACUACAACACCCCACCACAGUAAGACUACGACACUCCGCCACAGUAAGAGUCCAGCUUGACGGUCGCAUGGUGUCCCAGGGCCAGAUCGUACAACUGCUGCUGAGGAAAGGGCCGGACAAAAUAACCCCAAUAAGAGUCCUGCAUCACUGUGACAUUGCUGUGUUUCCCCUUUCACAAUAAAAGCCCUCACCUAUCCCCACUAAUGCCUCUCCUUUAAAAUAAAAGCACCAUGGUCUCUUCUGCUGCGGGUCACUGUGGAUGUCCCCUUCCUCCUUCAAAAUAAAAGUCCCCUUCAUAAUAAAAGCACCUGGACUUCAGAGCCUUCAGAAUAAAGCAACAAAAAGAACUUCAGGAAUCAAAAGGAAAUGACACAAGGCCUUAGGAAAAGACACAAGGCCUUAGGAAAAGACACAAGGCCUUAGGAAAAGACACAAGGCCUUAGGAAAAGACACAAGGCCUUAGGAAAAGACACAAGGCCUUAGGAAAUGACACAAGGCCUUAGGAAAUGACACAAGGCCUUAGGAAAUGACACAAGGCCUUAGGAAAUGACGCGUCUUAAUGACACUACAAGAACAGAAUAAACUUUGGGAAAAACUUUAAAAAUGAACUAUUUGGGGGGGGGGGGAAAUUACCAACAGUCCUGGUUUAGACCUGGUUUAGACCUGGUUUAGUCCUGGUUUAGACCUGGUUUAGACCUGGUUUAGACCUGGUUUAGACCUGGUUUAGUCCUGGUUUAGACCUGUGCU